GAGAGAUUGUUGCGCAUUGGAAGUACGGCGCUCCGGUCGGUGCUGGUCUGGAUGAAGGAGAGGAGGAAGAGGGGAGACAGAUUCCACCUUAACUCCUGCAGAGAGGAGCAGACUCAGACAGAGGCACGCGGGAGGGGAAAGGAUGAAGCCCACGCGAGCUCCUGCCUCUUCCUGUGGAUAAAUCUUCAAUCUCCUCCAGAUCGCGUCUUUUUCCUGGUGAAUUUUACGCACCACAGAGGACUGAAGGAAACGCCGCAGAGAUGAGUGUUGCGCGGUCCUGGAUGCGUCUGAAGGAUUCCCGUUCCUGAUAGGAACCAAAAAGGACAAGGCUGUCCGCAUCUUUUUUUUUCUUUAUCUUCUCUUUUCUUUGCUGAAAGAAGAUCGCAAAGGUGGAGCGAUUAGAGAAGGGCUGAUGAAGGGACUAUUAAUCCUUUCAGUGCAUCAAAGGCACCAAAGCGUUUUGGAAACGUUUGGAUGGAAAUCUGGCGAGUGUUUGGAACUGUUUCUGGUUUUAUAUGAAACUGUUGAGUCUGAAGCCGUUUGUGAAAGAAAUAGACAUGGUACAUGGGCACAGCUUCCAUCACGUUGUUGCAAGUCUGCUCCUACUUGGGUUGUCUGGAGCAACAAAAAAGGAUACAGUGAAAAACAACUCUGGAGUGAAGCCUGCAGGUCAGUGUGGAACGUGGGUGAAAGAACCAGAAGGAGGGCUCUUUACGUCUCCCAAUUACCCAAACAAAUACCCCCCGAACACAGAGUGUGUUUACAUCCUCGAAGCUCCCCCAAGGCAGUGUAUUGAUCUACACUUUGAGGAGAGUUAUUCAAUCGAGUCCUCUUGGGAAUGUAAAUUUGACAACAUCGAGGUUCGGGAUGGACCGUUUGGCUUUUCCCCGAUGCUGGGCCGGUACUGCGGGCAGCACGGCCCGCCAGACAUCAGGAGCAGUGGCCGAUAUCUGUGGAUAAAAUUUGUAACCGAUGGAGAACUGGAAGGGGUGGGAUUUUCAGCAAGUUACAACUUCACAGCAGAUCCAGACUUUGCAGACCUGGGAGUUCCCCCACCUCUGCCCUCCUGUCAGUAUGACAUGGUUGGUCCAGAAGGCAUUGUUGAGUCUCAUCAGAUCACCCGGGACGGGAAGGCCGGUGCCGCUGAAGCCGUCGACUGUAAAUGGUACAUCCGGGCUCCGCCUCGUUCCAAGAUCUACCUACGUUUCCUGGACUAUGAAAUGGCGAAUUCCAACGAAUGCAAACGCAACUUUGUAGCAGUCUAUGAUGGUGGAAGUUCGGUAGAAGAUCUGAAGAGCAAGUUCUGCUCCACGGUGGCCAACGACAUCAUGCUGGUCUCCACGCUAGGAGUCAUCCGUAUGUGGGCGGACGAGCUCAGCCGCAAGAGCCGCUUUCGCAUCCUUUACACGACUUAUCAAGAACCUCCAUGUGAUGCAGAUGCCUUCUUUUGUCACAGUAACAUGUGUAUAAACUACACGCUGGUGUGUAACGGUAUGCAAAACUGUGUCUACCCCUGGGAUGAGAACCAGUGUAAAGAGAAAACCAACACCAGGUUCCUGGACAACCUGAACUCCACAAACGGYGCCAUAAUUGGCGUCACCUGCUGCAUCGUUUUUAUCCUCCUCAUCAUCUCAGUGGUUGUUCAGAUAAAGCAGCCGCGUAAGAAGUACAUCCUGCGGCGUGAGGACUUUGACCCCACCAUGUUUCAGGAGGUCUUUGAGCCCCCCCACUACGAGCUGUGCACGUUACGGAGCGCCGCCGCGCCCACGGCGGCCUCGGCGGAUUUAGUCGACUUGGCGGAGGACUUUGAGAACUACCACGCCCUGCGCAGGGCGUCUUCCCGCUGCAUCCACGAUCACCACUGUGGCUCCGCCUCCAACCCUGGCUCYGCCCACUUAUCCCAGCUGUCCCUCAGUGGGCGGGGCAGCCGUAGCAACCUGAGCGCCCGGGACGCUGCGGCGGCCACCCUGCUCGCAGACCUCCCGCAGCCCCCCAUGUCGGUGCGGCCCCUGCUGCCCACCGCGGGGAACCGCAGGAGCAUCUUAGUCAUGAAGCACAGCUACUCGCAAGAGGCGGCAGACAACGGGUGCGACCUGGACGACGACCUGGAAGAAGUUCCCACCACCAGCCACCGACUGUCACGGCACGAAAAGGCGGUACAGCGGUUCUGCCUCAUUGGCUCUUUGAGCAAACAUGAAUCAGAGUACAACACAACUAGGGUCUAGGCGACAAUCUCAAGAUACAUCAGACAGAUGCAUCACUCCGCUGCAUCUUGCCAAGUUUGACAGCAAUCGGAGCUAAGGUUUCUCUCCCGCGUGCGUCCUGAGUGAACUCUUGUCCUGAGUAACUUUACUCAUGUAGAGUGUCGUGAUUUUAACUUUCUGAUAAGGUUAUUGUUUUUAUUUUCUUUGAUGCCUUGGACAACGAAGAUGCAUUUUGUGCUGCUCCACACCUGGCUGAAGUAGGCAAACACCAGAGCGUUGGAUUCUCUCAGAGGACUGAAAGUUUGGCUCUUAUGAAACCUUUAAUGUAAAAAAUAAUAAUAAAUUAAUUAAUAAAAAUGCUGAUGGUGAAAAAAAUUCAGGUUUUAAAUCAUUUUCAUCUAAGCAUUGAUUUACAGACAGUUUAUUUCUCAUGUUUUCUACUCUGAUGUCAUUGCAGUGGAGAAUGAAGUUAUUUUUACGGCAAAAACAAAAGACAGAAUAAAAUGUUCUGAAUAAAGUUCAAUUAAACUUUAAAACUAACAUUUUAAAUUCUCACUAUUGUUGAUAUGUUUGGUCUCCUUGUCACAUUUCAUACCAUUCACAAUAUUUUCUUUUUUAGUGUUUUUUUAAUCCAUUAUGGUGUUAAUUUUGUAUCAUGAGAAUAAAAUGCUGGAUCAAAUGUUUUCAAUAAACUAACGUUUUCUGAUA